CACAUCUAGAAGGCUGCUCCUCGAGACACACUUUCACUUCCUAUUAUGUUCAGGUUCUGAUUUCGGAGAUCCCCUCUCAACACAAUCGCGAGCUAAAUUCCCAAUAAGCGACACGAACACCAAUGGCACGAUAUCUAGCACAGAUCGUGGUCCUGGGCGCCAAGGCGGUUGGGCGGGCGCUGGUGAAGACGAUGCGGCAGGAGAUCGAGGCCCUCCAGGAGGCGGCCCGCCUCCAGGAGUCCUUGAGGGCCAGCGCCUCCAGCGCCACCAGCGGCAGGGACGCGGCGGUCAAGGGCAUGACCUUGGUGGAGGCCCAGCAGAUCCUCAAUGUGCAGGACCUCGCCGAUCGCCAGGCGAUCGACACGCACUAUCGGCACUUGUUCCUGGCGAACGACAAGUCCUCCGGCGGCACCUUCUACCUCCAGUCGAAGGUCUUUCGGGCCAAGGAGCGCAUCGACCAGGAGCUGUCCAGGCUGACGGAGAUGGCCCCGGCUGACCCGCACUCCCCACCAGCAGCCCCAACCGCAGCCCCAUUCCCAAUCCAAUCCCAGAAGAAGGAAAAUGAAUCGGGCCACUAGAGUCGGUGACAAUUCCCAACUGGAUCUCCGGCCCGCAUUUUCCAUGGUGUGCAAUCCAUCAAUCCAUCUGUCCCGUUCUGUUAAUCACCAUCGCCAAAUCGUCUUCGAACUGUCAGUUCAUGUAUCCAUUUAAAUCACCAAUAAACACCUAACAACUUGCUAAGAAAAAUUAAA